UGACGCUACAGCCUCUCCUGAAGCCCCGCCCCUAUGCUUUUGCAUGCUCUAACUUCCUGACCCCUCUCGCUUCCACUCCGAUCCUGGGUUUGCCGGUGCGUGUUUGUCUUUGGAGCCGAAAUCGCGGGAAACAGACUCUUCGCCAUGGACCCCCCUCCAGCCUCCACCAGCUUCCAUUCGGACUCGGAUUUCUGCCCAGAAUGCGGCUCAAUUUUACCUCUCCCUGGAACUCUGGACACAGUGACUUGCCCCAGGUGUAGCUUCUCCAUAGACGUGCGGGAGUUCGAGGGGAAGGUGGUGGAGACAUCAGUCGUGUUCCACAAAUUGGGAACAACAGCUUUAAUGGUGUCAGAGGAAGACGGGCCCGAGUUCCAGGGGCCAGUGAUUGACAGGCGAUGUUCCAACUGUGGACAUGAGGGAAUGGCAUAUCAUACCCGGCAGAUGCGCUCAGCUGAUGAAGGACAGACUGUUUUCUAUACCUGCACUAACUGCCGUUUCCAAGAGAAAGAAGACUCUUGAUCUCUAUCUAUCCUGUUGGACUUCAGCCCCUUCUAUUUGAAAGCAUUCUUCCUCCACAGAGUCCUGCUGCGGUGGCUGAUGAUAUAGAAGUGACCUGGGUUCUUGAAGGCUGCACAGUUGCACUUUGAAUGAUCCUCAGCUUCAAAGACUUAUAUGAUUCUGUUCCUUACAACCAUACUACAUCACCGAAGACUUGAAAGUAAAAGGAUGGGCCUUGUUUCUGAGAAAAACUUAGGGGUCCAUUAAAAGGAACUAUGCAAUUUCCCAAAGUCA